GGGGGACACUUGCUAUAAGCAGUUAUAACGCAAUCCCAGGUUAGAUACACUGAUAUUAUAUAAAACUUGUAUUCGCUAAUUAAAUUGGAUUAGAUUGGGAUAUCAACGAUGAAGCAGAAUUAGACUAAUAUUUAACAUGUUUAAAGGAUAUUAAAUUGAGAAAAUACUCAAUUUAAAAGUGCGUAACAUUCCAAACUUAAAUACGUCGCUGGAUUUCACUGAAUAGAAACGACGUGAAAAUGUGGUAAUUUAUGUAACAAGCAAUGUGGUAAUUCAUGUUAUGUGGUAAUCCAGGACUAACAUCAAGAACUACAAUGUCAAGGUCAACGGAUCUAGCGCCGUUGUCCAUGGAAUCCAUCCACAGGAGGGUGAUGCUAGCUGUUCAUACGAUAGAGAAGGAGGUCCCUAGGUUCCAGCAGCAAUGGUUAUUUGACCUUGACACUGGCGAUCCAUUAUCGUGGCUAGACUUCGUUAAAAGCGCUGAAAAAGGAUUAGAAUCAACAAUCAAUUCACGUGCCGAUUUAGUGAAAGCACUGGACGCUUACAACAAAGAUGAAUAUGAAGAGGUAAGAGUGCUGCCACCUUUUAGAGAACUUUUGAGAAUGUGUGAACGAGCUGAUUCCUAUGAAAAUCACCUGAUUGGUAUUCUGAAGCGUCACAUUCACGAUGCAUGCGAAAACCUUCUAGCCCGAUACUGUUUGAGUUUCUCAGCAGAAACCAAAGACUGUCAAGGAGUCGAUCUCUCAUUGGAUUAUGAGAACAAAAUAACAAUGUGGAGGAAACAGAUUUUUGAUGCUUUUGAGGAUAUCAACACGAUGGAAGAGAGUUACAACGAUUUGGUUGAGAACGUAAAGGAAUAUAUUAAGAACUAUGACAAAAUUGCCUAUUGGAUGCGAGAAUCCACGGCAAGGAUUUUCCGAUUGGUUGAACCAACAAAAAAGUGGAUAACCGCGGAUUAUAACUAUCCUCGUAGAAUUGAUGAUGAGAUAGCAGGGCUAAGAAGGCAGAAAGUUGACUUGAAGGAACGUUUAAGGCAGGUAAAGUUCACAAAGGACCUCUUGAGGGCAAAUGUGCAACGAAAAACGUUUCAGAAUGCUAAAGUCGAACGCAAACUUUCAGACAAUAAAGACGAAAAACGUUACUUUAAAAAGCGGGAACAGACACUUACGGAUGAAGGGCGAAAUAUCGAAAGUAAACUGGAACGAAUGAAACGAGAAUUACAGGAAAAUUUGACUAAUAUGAAAAAGAGAAGUCUGGAUAUAAGCAAACUUAAUGCUGCGUAUGAUAUGGUAAAGAAAUUGAAAUCCGACAUUGAAAUAUACCAAAAGAAAUUAAACACAGUAAACAACCAGUUGGUGAAACUCAAAAAGGACGGUGGGCAGCUCAAACGAUCUGUCCACUUGAUGAAAUACCACCACGAGGGUAACGUGGAGCGCAAUGAAAGCCUUAGAAUAUCCCUAGAGGCAAAUGAGGAUUCAAUAAAAGACUUGCAAGAGAACAUUAAACUGAUGGAUUCUAAGGUAGUGACUUUGAAACGGAUACGUCAGAUGAAAAUGGAUCCAAUGUUCCUAAAGAAGAUCCAUUCACAGGGUUAUCACCCCGGCCAAUACGUGGAAUUUAAAGACGAACUAGACGAGGCCAUUAAACUUGCAGCAUCACACAUCAAGACAGAAUGGAAGUAUUUGUACCAACGCCUUCCCUUCAACCCGCCUCGAAGCUAUCGUGACAGGAACCAAGAUAUCGAAUUUAUUGGUCUCAUGAACACUCGGAAUUUCGAAGUUCCACCAGAGGAAUUAGCUCGGAGAAGUCUCGAAAGAUGGCGUAAACUAAAUCUCGGGGCCAACGUUGGAGAUCUCGUGAGAACACUGAGGCGGAUUAAAAAGUCUCAGAUUGGUAGGCUUAUCGAGAAAGAGGUUGCAAAGAUUAGCAAAGUGGUGCUUGCUGUACAGGUUGACACUCCCAGACCUACUGGAAUCACUUAUAAUCCCGAACUUACAAUUGUUCGGUAACAUUGUUUUCGAAGUUUUCGAAGCAUAUACACAAGAGUAUCCCAUAUCUAUAAACAUUUUGGUUAUAGGAACAUAGAAGCUAGUCAUUUUCAUUGUAGUGUUUUGUUUUUUGUAAUAAAUCCCUUUAUAUUACAU